GAGCCCAGCCUUCCUCUCGGGUCAACACAUGCUUUGUGUUACGACCAGUGGAUCAAGUUUUAAUUAAUCUGGAUACUAAAGGUCCACUGUGCUAAUUCAAGUCCAUUACUUACAUGCCUCCCUCACUAUAAUAAGACUGUGAUCUAACCAGGGCAAGAAAGAGGGUCCAAAGUUUGUCUGACAUGGGCUCACUUGUGCUUGUGCCUUGGGAGAGGAUACAGCAACUAGACUGACAUCACUUGAAGAAAAGUCUCUGAAUUUUUAAAUUGGACUGGUUUUAUUGAAGGUUGGGCACUUUAUAUCACCAUGCCUGUGCUAUACACUGAAGUAUCUAAGGAGAAAGAGCAACAAGUGGGGGAACUGUGCUCAGAUUCAAGUGGAGCACGUGCACAUCUGGAUCUUGGGAAGAAGAUCAGUAUUCCUCAAGACCUAAUGAUGGAGGAGCUCAAACUGCAGUCCAACAGAGGAUCUAGAAUGUUUCAGGAGAGACUUAAAAGAGUGGAGAGGUUCACCUUGGAGAAUGUUGUAAUUGGGAAUCUCUUAGAGGAAACCCUUCAAGGCCAGAACACUACACAAGAGAAAGGAAGAGCGCACUUCACAUCUGAAGUCUACAUCACAGAGGGUGGAAAGAACAACCUGGUCACCACACUCAAACAUACAGUCGCUAAGAAAGGAAACCCAAGUGUGCUUGCACCAGGUUAUGGUGGGCAUCUGAAAGAGGUUCCCCAUGAGAAGUUCAAUGUCACUGUGAUCCCAAAGUCUUACCAAUCACCCUGGGAGGAAGAGCCCAUUGACAGAGAGAUGCUACUGGCCAAUAUCAGCAACCGUCUACCUGAGCCACCUUACAAACUCACCCCCAGCAACUACAAAUGUUUCAACAGAGCUCCAAUGCCAUUUGGUGGGACAGCAGGAACUGUGAAGGCUCUACCAUUACCUGGCUUUGAGUUGCUUCAAGCUCACACCGAGCCUAACCUGACCUGGGACAGGAUGUGCCACCGCCCCAACUUCAACCGUACGCCACGGGGCUGGAGCAAUCUGUACACUAGUGAAACUCUUGAUCUGUAG